AGUCGUUUAUUUUCAGAAUGUAAACAAACAACAGAGGAAAUUCGCUGCCUGUUGCUCUACCUUCCAAUAGCGAGAAAAUGACGAAGUGACAUUCUUUUUCUCCAGGACGCGAAUAUAGUGGAAUAAAAUGUCUUUGAAGAAUGCAGCAAGUGGGUAUGACUCAGCCUUUGAGGAAGAUGAGAAGCUUAGGAAAAAGCAACAAGAGCGGCAUGCCCUUUUCAACAAGAACAAAGGACCACGAGGAGGUCUGCCAAGCAAACUGUUGCUUGCAGAUGCAGCAAGUCAAGAUGAAGGGAAGAGACGUCGCUACCAGAUGUCCAACCUGACUGCAUAUGAACGACACAAAAUGCUUAUCAACGAAUACAUUCUUUAUCAUCCAGGCAGCACCAGUGCCCUACAGCGAGAUACGUCUAAAGAUAAGAGGGAUAUUGAUGUCAUUCGUGAAAACCACCAGUUUUUGUGGGAUGCCUCAGAUGCACCUGACACAUGGGAACGGCAGCUGGCUAAAAAAUAUUUUGAUAAGCUCUUCAAGGAGUACUGUAUCUGUGAUCUAUCACGCUAGUGGGGAUGCGUUGGCGAAUAGAAAAGGAGGUGAUUGAUGGAAAGGGGCAGUUCAUGUGUGGAGAAAAGAGGUGCUCCGAAACUGAGGGUUUGCGCACCUGGGAGAUGAACUUCGGCUACGUAGAACAGGAAGUGAAGAAGAAUGCACUUGUAAAACUUCGACUGUGUCAUGAUUGUUCAUACAAGGUAAACUAUCAUCACAAGAGGAAAGAAGUAACAAGAAAGAGAACAAAGUCCAAUGCUGAUAAACACCGACAUAAAAAGAAGCAAAGAAGGGAAAGAGAGGAAGACGAAACAUCAAAAGAAGAGACCCAAAGCACAGAGCCAGAGAAAGAGACCACGGAAAAGGAGGAAGAGAAAGACUCAGAGGACAGCAUUUGGAAGGGGCCUGCAAAGGUGGAGGAGGAGAAAAGCCGAGAAGAGGAGUUUGAGGAGUAUUUACAGGAUCUGUUCUUGUAGGGAUGCUUAUUUGUAUAUGUUAUUUGUUAUUUCAGCUGUUCAUGUUGAUUCAUGGUUAAUACACAUGAUUAUAUCA